CCCUCGUCUAUAAUCUCCACUGGUUCACCUAAACCCUAACCACAACCUCCACACUCCAUGGAAAACGAAACCCUUACGGACUCGUCGCCGGCGGCGACUGCGACGGAGCAGCCGGAGGCUCCAGUACAACAGUCUUCAUCGAACAUCGAUUACGGUGAAGUAAAUCAACCAUUUAGAACUCCAGAGGAGUUAGUAGCUAAAGCCAUAGCUCCUGUGAAGAGAGAGUAUAUUCGCCCUCCACCUUCUAGACCUUCAAACAACAACAACAACAACGGCGCCGUUGGAGUCGAAAACGACGAUGCAGCUGAGGUCAAAAGCGCUCCUAUUCUUAAGGAGAAGAAAUCCAAACGCCAAAUUAAACGUGAACGCCGUCAGGAACAAAAAUCACCAUUGCAUAUCUGUCCCGAGGUGGCCAAAACUGGAAAAGUUAGUGCGUGCCCUUAUAGUGACAAAUGUCGGUUUAGUCAUGACUUGGAAGCUUUUAAAGCUGAGAAACCAGCUGAUAUAGAGGGUAGUUGCCCUUUUCUGGUUUAUGAAGGGCCAUGCCCUUAUGGAUUGGCUUGUAGGUUUGCAGGGACCCACGAAGAUGAUGUUUCAGCUCAAACUGAGAAGAUAUCUAGGAAGAGUUCUGAACUAAAUUUUUUUAAUAAGGACACUCAGAAACUUCUGUGGAAAAACAAAAUGAAGUUUCCGAAGGCUGAAGCUACUCUCAAACUUCUUGGACUUGAGGGCCAUCCAAAAGAUAAAAUAUUGGUUGAUAAAGAGGAAAAUGGCGAAGUUGUGCCAAAAGAGCCAGCCACUGAUACCAAAACAGACAGCAAUGAAGCUGCUAGUGACUGCUCUAAUAAAGUGGAGAUCACUCCUUCCAUUUCACCAGAAGAUGAUGUAGUUGAAAAUAAUAUGGCUGAUGAUAUUAGACCUUUAAAGAAGGCAAAAUCAUCAAUCGAUGAAAUUUGUUCCUCCCAAGCUAGCAAUGGUUCAAGUGUCCAGGGGGAAGUUCUUGACAGCAAUUGUGACGUGAAUAAAUCAGACCCAACUGCUGGCAUGGUUACCGAUUCUGAUAAAAGCCUAAAAUUGCACCCCCGUGAAAAAAAGCUUAUUGAUUUUCGAGAUAAGCUCUAUCUUGCGCCUUUGACCACAGUUGGGAAUCUGCCUUUUCGGAGAGUUUGCAAGGUGCUAGGAGCUGAUGUAACAUCUGGUGAGAUGGCAAUGUGCACAAAUCUUUUGCAGGGCCAAGCAUCUGAGUGGGCACUGCUGAGACGGCAUUCGUCCGAGAAUUUGUUUGGUGUUCAGAUUUGUGGAGCUUAUCCAGACACUGUUACAAAGACAGUUGAGCUUAUAGAACAAGAAUGCUCUGUGGAUUUCAUUGAUAUUAACAUGGGAUGCCCGAUUGAUAUUGUAGUUAACAAGGGUGCUGGAUCAGCUCUUCUUACAAAACCAAUGCGGAUGAAGAGUGUAGUAAAAGCUGCUUCGGCAACAGUUGAUAUACCAGUAACUAUCAAGGUAAGAACUGCUUAUUUUGAGGGGAAGAAUCGCAUUGAUUCUCUCAUAGCAGAUAUUGGUAAUUGGGGUGCAACUGCAGUUACCAUACAUGGUAGAUCACGUCAACAGCGAUAUAGUAAACUUGCUGACUGGGAUUACAUCUACCAAUGUGUACAAAGGGCCCCCAAGUCUUUACAAGUCCUUGGAAACGGUGAUGUAUUUUCUUAUUUAGACUGGAACAAGCACAAAACUGACUCCCCUGAGCUUUCCACAUGUAUGAUCGCCCGAGGUGCAUUGAUAAAGCCGUGGAUAUUUACCGAAAUCAAGGAACAGAGGCACUGGGACAUUACAUCUGGGGAGCGGCUAGAUAUCUUGAAGGAUUAUGCACGAUUUGGCCUUGAACACUGGGGUUCUGAUUCAAAAGGAGUGGAGACGACCAGGCACUUUUUGUUGGAGUGGCUUAGUUACACAUGUCGGUAUGUUCCAGUUGGCCUGUUAGAAAUUAUCCCACAAAGAAUAAAUUGGCGACCACCCUCAUACUACGGUAGGGAUGACCUUGAGACACUAAUGGCCUCUGAUUCUGCUGCAGACUGGAUAAGGAUAUCCGAAAUGUUACUAGGCAAGGUUCCUGCUGGCUUUUCGUUUGCACCAAAGCACAAGUCCAAUGCUUAUGACAGAGCAGAGAAUGGCUAAUAUCAUUUUUUCGCUGUUGCUGUUGGUCUGAUACUAAUUUUUGCUGCACCUCAGCAAGGACGGCUCCACCCGUAGGCCAAUAAAGCUCUUGCUUUAGGCCCCAAAAAAUCAAGGCCCCAAAAAUUAUUUCUAUUGGAUAGUAUAAAAUAUGUAAUUCAAAUAAUUAUUACAGUGUUUAUUCAUGAUAAGUAAGUUUCUUUAACCAUUUGUUAUCCGCUGGUUACCAAUAAUUAAUCACAUAAUUCUUACUUUAUACCAUUUUCAGGGAUUUGGUUGAGAUAAUUAUAGAUGAAUGUGGUAUUAAACUGUC